GUACAUUCAGAGAGCAGCGACCAUCUAUAAUGCCAAGAAGAAGAGAGCCUAUGGUGUUUUCCUGGGUGGAUGGCCUACGCUGGAUCCAGCUUGUCAAAACUGCACUGAAACAAGAGCAACGUGGGAUAUAGUCAGUGAAAUGUGCGGUUCAGAUUUGAAACUGUGACUGAGACUUGAAUAGGCCCAAGAGAGAGAUCCACUGUUCCCCUCCCUGACCUCCCAUUCCUGACCCUCUCUGAAACACAUCUCUCACCAUGAAUGAAGUUAAUGUAGUCAGAGAGGGCUGGCUCCACAAAAGAGGUGAAUAUAUCAAAACAUGGAGGCCCAGGUAUUUUAUCCUGAAGAGUGACGGUUCCUUCAUUGGCUACAAGGAGAAGCCUGAUCUAAAUGACCAGACUUCACCACCACUCAACAAUUUCUCAGUGGCAGAAUGCCAGUUAAUGAAGACAGAAAGACCUCGACCCAACACAUUUGUCAUCCGUUGCCUACAGUGGACCACUGUCAUUGAACGCACCUUUCAUGUGGACAGCAAUGAGGAGAGAGAGGAGUGGAUGCGGGCAAUCCAGUCUGUGGCAAAUAGUCUGAAGAUGCGAGAACAGGAGGAGGAGGAACCAAUGGAUGUGUUCGGCUCACCCAGUGAAAGCAGCCUGGAGGAGAUGGAGGUGGCCAUGUCCAAGAGUCGCAACAAAGUGACAAUGAGUGACUUUGAGUACCUGAAGCUGCUUGGCAAGGGGACAUUUGGGAAGGUGAUUCUGGUGAAAGAGAAGUCCACUGGAGUACAUUAUGCCAUGAAAAUACUGCGCAAAGAGGUCAUAAUAGCCAAGGAUGAGGUGGCCCACACAGUUACAGAGAGCAGAGUGUUACAAAACACACGACACCCCUUCCUCACGACACUGAAAUAUGCUUUCCAGACCCAUGAUCGACUCUGUUUUGUGAUGGAAUAUGCCAACGGAGGCGAGCUCUUCUUCCAUCUGUCACGGGAGCGAGUGUUCACAGAAGACCGGGCACGCUUCUAUGGUGCUGAGAUUGUAUCAGCGCUGGAGUACCUGCAUUCACGUGAUGUUGUUUACCGUGAUCUGAAGCUGGAGAAUCUGAUGCUGGACAAAGACGGACACAUCAAAAUCACUGAUUUUGGCCUCUGUAAGGAGGGCAUUACUCCAGAUGCUACCAUGAAAACCUUCUGUGGAACACCUGAAUAUCUAGCACCUGAGGUCCUAGAAGACAAUGACUACGGCAGGGCGGUGGACUGGUGGGGUUUGGGUGUAGUCAUGUAUGAGAUGAUGUGUGGCCGUCUGCCUUUCUACAAUCAGGACCAUGAGCGUUUGUUUGAGCUCAUCCUCAUGGAAGAGAUCCGCUUCCCCAGGAACCUGUCGCCUGAGGCCAAGUCCCUGUUGGCUGGCCUGCUCAAGAAGGACCCCAAACAGAGGUUAGGUGGAGGUCCCAAUGAUGCCAAAGAAGUAAUGAGUCACAAAUUUUUCAUCACCAUCAACUGGCAGGAUGUGGUACAGAAGAAGCUCACCCCACUCUUCAGACCACAAGUGACAUCAGAGACAGACACCCGGUACUUUGAUGAAGAGUUCACAGCGCAGACCAUCACGCUCACUCCUCCAGACAAGUAUAACAGUCUGGACUGUGAGGAACCUGGCCAGCAAGCACAUUUCCCCCAGUUCUCCUAUUCUGCUAGCAUAAGAGAGUGAUAGCAUCUCUAACACCCACACACACACCCACACACACACACAUAUAUAUACAAAAACACGAGGCAUAAACACCUUGGCCACGUCCCUUACAGCUAUAACAUGACCAGAACCUCCAUCUUUAAAGAGGUUGAGGUCGCAGCAGGAUCCAAGUGCCUCAGCUGGUGGCCAUAUUGCUCUGUAGAAACCCCCUCCAUCCACCCUACAGACAAAGUCUGGCCACACUGGCUAUAUUGUAUCAAACUGGACUUCAGUACCUCACAUAGUCAUCAGCACAAUUCAACAAUGCUGUCAGGACUCUGUCUGUAGCACCUUCAGAUGGCCCAUACAACUGCUGCUGCUUUUUCAGACUAUAACCCACUGGUCAUUCUUAAAGCUCUCCUUUUAAUGAGAAGCCAUACAGUUCCUUCACAACGUUUCCAAGUGCUCUUCUUCAGAACUAGCUGUUACCACUGGUGAUAAGACAGGUUCAUGUGUGAGGGAGGGAGAAGCGUGGCAGUUUGUUUGGUGUUUUUCUGUGAGGUGUGUGUGUGUGUAGAUGUUUUGUUUGUUUGUGUUUGUAUUUUUUUCCUUUUUUUUUUGAGAAAAUGGGGGCAUCCAAUCCAAACUGUGUGUUUUUAUACACCUGUCUGAUAUGCAACAGGAACAACAGAUGAAUAGUUAACACAUGGCGAUCAAGUGUCUCUGCAGAGAAAUGCUUUGACAGAGUGAACCCUGAGAGAGGCUGUGUGCUCUCUCCUGACACUGUGAUCUCUGUUAACACAUCUGUCAAGUGUGACACAGCAAUUAAUGGGAAUUGGGAAUACCUUAAUGCACAAGGUGUAUAUGUUAUUUAAACAAGGUUUUUCAAUUCUAACACAUUUUUGAUCUCUAUUGAUAAGCAAAUACACACCAGCCAUGUGAUUUAAGAGGCUCAAUAAGCACUUAGUGAUCACAACAGACCUCAUUUUAUUCAGAUGGCCCAUGUUCAUAAUGUAGCUGAAAGUUUCCUGGAUUGGUGUCAGUGCUUAUUAUUUUCUAAACACCUCACCAAAUUGUCUCUGUUGAAAAUAUAAAACAAAUAUCAAACACUGUCAGAUACCAAACGUUGGCAUCAAAUCUCUGGUCAGAUUCAUAAUCCUGUUGAUUUCUUCUUCGAUCAGAUAGUUUCAACAUUUGGCCAGUUUUUAAAUAUUUCAUUUCAACAUCAUUCUUGUAGCUUCUUGUGUUUAGUGUAUCACUUAACAUUUGAGAACUUCGGCUUUUUCCCUUUUUUUUUGUUGAAUAAUAAAUAAAUGUACAAACACUCAAAGUAAGAUAUCACAGUAUCAGAGAGUAUCAUUUUGGUAUCUAAACUGAAACUCAGGUGUUAUAUUGGCACUACUAUUGAAAUAUUUCUUAGUAUAACCAGCCCUAGCACCAAUCUGAUUUUGUAGCACUUUCAAAAAAACAUAAUUUAUCAUCCUUUCUAGGCAUUUAAAGCUAAUUCUGUAAUAUUUCAAUUCUCUCGUAGCUGUUAUGUCUUUGUAGCUGUCUGAACUCACCAUCUUUUACCAAACUUGCUGGAGAUAUCACAAGUUUGAAAAAAAAAAAUCAUCCAGCAAGCUGUGUAUAUCAUGAACAUGGUCCAUUGUGCGAUGUUCAAGUGCAAUGUGGACUUGCAAGGCUGUUUUUUUGUUUUUGUUUUAAAUUUCAGUUCUUCCCAUCUUUUAUUAACAUCAUUAAAUGGUAACCAAGAGGGGUGCGUAGUUGACAUUUGCAAUACUGGGUGUUAUACUGUACAUGAAAAUGCACCCAACAUUAUGUCGGUGCUAUACUGUUGAGUCGCUCGUAAUAAAGAGCUGGUGCAGAAAACCUGCUUAACAUCCCACUGCUCACAGAGCCUUCUAUCUACAUAUGCUGUUUUGAAAUAAUUUCCGUUAUUUUUGUUUUUGUCUUAUCUUCUGGUUUUACUGCUCAACUUGCUGUUUUCCCUCAUCCCUCCUCUACCCUGAACCUACUUCACAGAUGGUCUCAAAUUAAGGAAAUUCAUAAUGGUUGAAAGAAAUGUAUGUUUUUCAGUUACAUUAUUCUAUUAAACAGUUCAUUUCUAUUUGUCUAUGAAUGUAAUUCUGAAAGACAAUGAUCCAAUACACCUUUUUAACUGUCUUAUA